CGGGCCCCGGCCGUGCGCUCCGCGCGUGCCAGAGUCGCCCCGCCUUCGGGAUAGGACCUGCCCCGCCCCUAGGACCCGGACCCGGCUGGCUCUCUUGCCAGGCUGCCCCGCCGCAUCCGGUCUGGGACUGCUGGGAGAAGCGGGUGUGCGGCCUGGCCAUCCUUUCACCAUCGAUUGCUGCUCCUGCCACGUCUUCGCAGCCUUCUCCCGGCUGCCCGAACGCUGACGUGGAGCAGACAGCCCCGCACCCCGAUGGAGAAGUUUGGGAUGAAUUUCGGGGGCGGCCCGAGCAAAAAGGACCUGUUAGAGACCAUAGAGACGCAGAAGAAGCAGCUCCUGCAGUACCAGGCACGGCUUAAGGAUGUGGUGCGCGCCUAUAAAAGCCUGCUGAAGGAGAAAGAGGCGUUGGAGGCCAGCAUCAAGGUGCUAUCGGUGUCCCACGAGGCGGAUGUGGGUCUCGCAGGUGUCCAGCCUCCAGGCCUGACUUUUCCUGACUCGGUUGAUGACCGGUGCUCCACUCACAGCGGGGAUAGCACCGGAACAGCCACCAGCUUGGAUACUGCUGCCAGUCUCACUAGCACCAAGGGUGAGUUCGGGGUAGAAGAUGACAGACCAGCCCGUGGACCACUGUCUCCGAAGUCCGAAGAGGCCAGCGGGUCGGAGAGUGGCGUUAGCAGUAGCAGUGGGGACGGGCCGUCGGGGGGCGGGGAGGUGGACAAACGACUCCACCAGCUGAAGGCUCAGUUGGCCACUUUGACCAGUUCUUUGGCUACAGUCACUCAAGAGAAGUCCCGCAUGGAGGCUUCUUACCUGGCUGACAAGAAAAAGAUGAAGCAGGACUUGGAGGAUACCAAUAAGAAGGCAGAGGAGGAGAGGGGCCGUCUGGAGGGGGAAUUAAAGGGGCUGCAGGAGCAGGUGGCGGAAACCAAAACCCGACUUAUCACGCAGCAGCGUGAUCGUGCCCAGGAGCAGAGUGACCAUGCCUUGAUGCUGCGGGAGCUCCAAAAGCUGCUCCAAGAGGAGAGGACCCAGCGCCAGGACCUGGAGCUUCGGCUGGAAGAGACCCGAGAAGCCCUGGCUGGGCGGGCAUAUGCUGCUGGCCAGAUGGAAGGGUUUGAACUGCAGACCAAGCAGCUGACCCGAGAGGUGGAGGAGCUGAAGGGUGAAUUGCAGGCUCUUCGGAACGAGAAGAAUCGACCGGACCCCCGGCUCUACGACCUUCAGGAAGAGGCUGCCCGCCUCAAGAGCCAUUUCCAAGUUCAGCUGCAGCAGGAAAUAAGGAAGACAGCCCUUGCAGAGGAGCAACUCCGUCAGCAGUCUCAGGUGGAAGAGCAGAGAGUGGCAGCCCUGGAGAACCAAAUAUCCGAGGUGUCUGAACUGCUGGGCACCUACGAGAAAGCCAAACAGAAAGACCAGCUGGCCAUCCAGAAGCUGAAGGAGCGCGUUCUGCAGCUGGACCUGGAGAACAAAGCGCUGGCUCUCGCAGCCUCCAGCCGGUCCCCGCUAGACAGCCAUGGUGAGGAGUGCAGUCUGGACGUCAACGUCCUGAAGGACAAGAUGGAGAGGCUGAAGAGGCUGCUGCAGGUGGCAGCCAGGAAAAGCCAGGUGGCCUUGGAUGUGGAGAAGCUCAGCAGCCUGGAGAUCAUGCCCAGCUCCGAAGCUGCAGACGGGGAGAAGGCCACCGCCCUCUACUACCAGCAGGAGCUGAAGCAGCUGAAGGAGGAGUUUGAGAGGUACAAGAUGAGGGCCCAGGUUGUCCUCAAGAGCAAGAGCACCAAAGAUGGCAACCUGGCCAAGGAGCUGGAGGAAGCCCAGGAGCAGCUGGUGGAGCUGAAGGAGAAGUACAUCUCCCUGCGGCUGUCUUGCGAGGAGCUCGAGCGCCAGCACCAGCAGGAGGCCGCGGCCUGGAAGCAGGAGCUGGCCCGGCUGCAGCAGCUGCAUCGGCAGGAGCUGGAGCGCAGCCAGCUGGACUUCCGGGACCGCACGCUGAAGCUGGAGGAGGAGCUGCACAAGCAGCGGGACCGGGCCCUGGCUGUGCUGGCCGAGAAGGACGCGGAGCUGGAGCAGCUGCGCGCCGUGGCCCUGGCCUCCGGCCUGCCGGGGCGGAGAAGCCCCGUGGGCUCCGGGGACCCAGCGGACGCGUCGUCCUCCGAGAGCCUGACCCAAGCCCUGCACCUGGCGGCGGCCAGCGAGCCCACUUUCUUUCUGUACGCCGAACAGCUGGCCCGCAAGGAGGUGGAGAUCACCUCGCUGCGAAAGCAGAAGCACAGGCUGGAGGCCGAGGCCCGGCAGCUGCAGGACCGGCUGCUGGAGGAGGGGGAGCGGCACCGCGAGGAGGUCGGGGCCCUGCAGAGCCACAUCGCAAAGAACAUCCGGGACCAGAGCAGGGAGGGAGCCAACCUGGAGUACCUCAAAAACAUCAUCUACCGCUUCCUGACCUUGCCAGACACGCUGGGCCGCCAGCAGACACUCACAGCCAUACUGACGAUUUUGCACUUCAGUCCUGAGGAAAAACAAGUGAUCAUGCGGCUCCCGGCCAGCGGUAGCUGGUGGCCUUCGGGCAAGAGAUGAU